CCGCCAUGGAGCCCAACAGCCCCCGCAAGAUCCAGUUCACGGUGCCGCUGCUGGAGCCGCACCUCGACCCGGAGGCGGCCGAGCAGAUCCGGAGGCGCCGACCAACUCCUGCCAACCUGGUCCUGAGCAGCGACCAGUCGUCCCCAGAGAUCGACGAGGACCGGCUGCCCAACCCCCUGCUGAAGUCGGGUCUGGCCAUGUCACCCAGGCAGAGGAAGAAGGUUUCCCGCACCACCCCGACCAUGAAAGAGCUGCAGAUGAUGGUGGAGCAUCACCUGUGCAAGCAGGCGCAGGGCGAGGAGGAGGAGGAGGCGGCUGCCACCGGCCAGGAGCGUGGCCCCGGCCACUGCCACCACGGUGACACCGAGCACAGCCACAGCCCCGGUGGCACCUGCCCACUGGCCACGCACGAGGGUGGCCCCGGCCCCGGAGAGCGGACCCACGGGGAUGGGCGGCAAAGCCUGGAUGAGGAGGAC